AUGCAGUGGAGUCGCUCGUACAUGAAGAAUCACCGCCCGGAUGUGAAGUGGAUGGCGUCCGCGCGGUGGAUGUUCCGCUUCCGCGCCCGCUACGGGCUGACCAUCCGCGUAAAGACAAAGAUGGGUCAGCAGCUUGCGAAAGGCAAGAGUACUGAAGGUCCGCGCCAGUCCACUAUCUUUCUUGAUGCGCUUAAUGUUGAGGUGGCCGAUGACGUUCACACCGCUCCCGAGGUGGAGGAGUGGGUGAACCCCCUCUUCGCCACAGCCGUUGAGGACGAGGAGGCUGCUGUGGCGAUGGAUCACGAGGAUUGCGGGGACAUGCUGCCUGAGGAGGAGGAGGAGGAGGAGGAGGAGGAGGAGGAGGAGGAGGAGGAGGAGGAGGAGGAGGAGGAGGAGGAGGAGGAGGAUGAGGAGGAGGACAUGGAGGGGGGUGUGGAGGAGGACGAGGAGGAGGAGUGA